AUGCACUUCAGUCGAUUGAUGGCCAUCGCCAGCACCAUAGCAUGCUCAGCCGCGCGUGCUACCCUUCAGCCAAGCAGUACGCUCGAGGGUAUUCAUUCGAUCACUGAGCUUGACGGGAAUGAUAUCCCCCAUGCUUUGGUGGAACGUAACCCGCAGGCCCGAUGCGGCCGUGGCUUCGGCAAAUGCUCCGAUGAUGGUUGCUGUUCGACUGCAGGCUACUGCGGGAAAACAAAAGCCCACUGUCGCUCGCCUGAUUGCCAGAUCGAUUACGGCCAUUGCGAUGCUCAUAUGACGCCUGACGGACCUCCAACGUCCGGUAUCCCUCGACCCACAAUUGGCAAGGUUCCAUACGGUCCCAAAGCUGUCCGGUCAUGCGUUGGGGCAGGAAAUGUUGCCUUGACAUUCGACGAUGGCCCGAACAAGUACACAGAGGAUCUCCUCGAUUUGCUCGACAAGUACGAUGCAAAGGUGACUUUCUUCAUCACAGGCAACAAUAACGCCAAAGGACCCAUAGAUACGCCAGGCAUGCCCUGGGCCUCGAUGAUCGAACGCAUGUAUCAGAGUGGACACCAGAUCGCCAGUCAUACCUGGUCGCAUCAGGAUCUUAGCAAAAUCACACCAGAACAACGCCGAAUUCAGAUUCUGUGGAAUGAGGUCGCUCUCCGAAACAUUUUGGGCGGUUUUCCAACGUACAUGCGUCCUCCAUAUUCCAGUUGUACUGCGGAAUCCGGCUGUCUGAAAGACAUGGGUAAUCUAGGGUACCAUGUCAUCCUGUAUGACAUUGAUACCGAAGAUUAUAGCCAUGACAGCCCCAAUGCUAUCCAGGGUUCCAAGGACAUUUUCGACAAGAAUCUGGCCCGUGGAAAGGCAUCCGACAAGUCUUGGCUGGUUAUCGCUCACGAUGUGCACGAACAGACUGUUUAUAACCUCACAGAGCAUAUGCUCAAGAAAGUCUCCAAAGACGGCUAUAGUAUGGUGACUGUUGGCGAGUGCUGGGUGAUCCCGAGGAGAACUGGUAUCGUAUGGAUGAGAGCUCUGAGCUUACUAUCCUUCGGAAGGCCAAGCCCCUCGGUACUGCCAACCAUGCCGUUUCGCGCGACGGUCGCUGCGGUGGGAAUGUUACCUGUCUGGGGUCGAAGUUCGGAUCGUGCUGUGGCAAGAAUAACUAUUGUGGGAAUACUCCCAAGCAUUGUGGGGUUGGCUGCCAGCUCAAUGCUGGUCAUUGUCAGAAAGCUAGACAUACAUCCUUUGUUCACAAACAUAGACCUGAAAAGCGUCCCGCAACAUCAGGGGCGAACUCUUUGCUGCAACCUGAAUCGGAAGUUGCGGAUUUGGUUUUGUUUGUAG